GGCGAUUUUCUGCUGUUUUGAUUCACAUUGUUAUUCGCGAAUUGGCGUGUGCAGCUGCCCGCGGAAAAGCUUCCAGAAUGGCGGUGCUCCGUGUGUUGCAAAAAUAUCGGAACGAGUAUCUCGCAUCCAUAGCAGCCACGCUUUCGCUCUUCAUGGUUGUAACCACUACCGGAUGGGCGUCUCCUGCAUUGGCUAAGCUCACGGCCGAAGAUUCUCCGAUUCCGAUCACUCCUACCCAAGGUUCCUGGUUCGUGGCUCUGGAAUCGGUUGGAGCUUUCCUUGGACCCUUGUUGGCAGCUUAUUGUGCCGAUCGGAUUGGUCGAAAAUGGACCCUAAUGGCAACUUUUGCUCCCGUUACGGUAGGCUGGAUUCUCGUCGGAACGGGUGAUAGUUUCGGAUAUCUGUACGCAUCGCGGACACUGUUCGGACUGUCUUAUGGAAUUGCGUACUCAACGGUGUCGGUUUAUCUCAACGAAGUUGCAUCGGACUCAGUCCGUGGAUCGAUUGGGACUCUUAAUUCCAUUCUUGGCCGUCUAGGUCAUUUGACAAUUUAUGGAGUUGGACCUUAUCUGGAGUUCCGGACAAUGGCAUGGGUUUUCCUGGUUGCUCCCUUCGUAUUUGUUGGUUGUUUCGUGUGGAUGCCAGACACGCCCUACUUUCAUCUAGGCAGAAACAAUAACUCCAAGGCCGAAUCAAGCCUCCGAUGGUUGCGAAGAGAGAAGGAAGUUUCGAAAGAGCUGGCCGUUAUGCAAGCUUCCUUGGACUUCUCCAAAAGUCAAACUGGAUCAUUCAGGGAACUAUUUUCGGCUCCGUAUCGAAAACAGAUGAGCAUCCUCAUUAUUUUGAUUACAGCUGCGGAACUUUCGGGCAUUUCAGUAGUGCGCAGCUAUGCACAGAAGAUAUUCGAAAACAUCGCGAUCGACUUGAAGCCCGAAGAAAUGUCGAUUCUGUUGGGAGUUGUUCAGCUUUUGACAGCUCUAGUGCCAAUGUUUUUGGUCGAACGAAUGGGUCGUCGACCUUUGCUGCUCAUUUCUACGGUGGGCACUUGCAUCGGUACUCUUUUGUGCGCUCUCUACUUUGCCUUCGAUGCAAAUGGCGAAUCCAAAGCUCUUGGAUAUGUUGCAUUUAUAGCAUUCCUCCUAAUUUUUAUAACCUAUGGCCUUGGGCUGUCCUCGAUAUCACUUUCCAUUUUGGGUGAAAUAUUCCCCAAACACUUGAGAGCCUACUCAAAUGCAACCUUCAUCAUGAUGGGAGCCAUUUUAACUUUUUCAGUUACCAGGUUAUUCCAAGUGAUGGUAGAUUCAGUUGGGACUUAUUUGCCCUUUGCAAUGUACACCGUAUGUCAAGCGAUAAAUACCGUUCUAAUCUAUUUUAAUGUUUUGGAAACUAAGGGGAAAUCAUUUGGCGAGAUACAACGGAUGUUUGACGCCGCCAGGAAAGAAAAAAGUGAAAAAGGUGAAGUGAAAGGCGAGUGUUGAAUUAUUUUUGAGCUUGAAAUGAUUAUAGUUACAAAAUACAGAAAAACAAGAAGAAGACAACAGCACAACGACAAUCUCAUGAUUUCAUAUUUUCCUAGCUAUUUAA